CCAGUCGAUAUAAAAGCAACCGGUACUACCAUAUUCCACUAUCAGUUCCAAUUUUUCUUCAUACAUCGUUGAUCGUUGCACGUACCUUCGGGAGCCAGCUUCGCAUAAUUUUAGCAAGAUGAAACUAUUAAUUGCCGUAUUCGCUCUUAUCGCAGUGGUUGCUGCCGACUUCAAAGUUUCCACCUCGGAGGAUCUGCUGCAGUACCGCACGGAGUGUGUCUCUGCGCUGAACGUUCCGGCCGAAUACGUGGAGAAGUUCAAGAAGUGGGAAUUCCCCGAAGACGAUACCACCAAGUGCUACAUCAAGUGCGUGUUCAAUAAGAUGCAGCUGUUCGAGGAUACUGAAGGCCCUCUGGUCGAUAAUUUGGUCCAGCAGCUGGCUCACGGUCGCGACGCUGACGAAGUCCGCACGGAGGUGCUGAAGUGCGUGGAUAAGAAUACGGACAACAACGCUUGCCACUGGGCAUACCGCGGAUUCCAGUGCUUCCAGAAGAAUAAUCUGUCCCUGAUCAAGGCCAGCAUCAAGAAGGAUUGAGAGAAAUAGUGAUUGGAAUGACGUGAGCUGCAGUUAUGAUACAAGUGUCUAGUUGAAAAGCUGAAAACGAUGAAGAUAGAUGAGGAAUUCGAGGAAUAAAUAAAAUGUUUUUGUUGAAGGUUCAUUUCACAUA